AUGAGUUCUUCAACAUGGAUCAACUCUCUCUCAUGCUCAAGCUCUGUGGUUCAGUCUUCAGGGGACACAUCUAUUCCAUUGAUAUUUCAAUGGCUAAGAUUCAUUUUCCUCUCUCCCUGUCCUCAAAGAGCUCUGUUAUCUUCACUUGACCUUUUGUUCCUGCUUGUCCUCCUUGGACUUGCAUUUCAAAAGCUGUAUUCUAGAUUCAACUCCCGUGGGCAUUCCGGCUCUGACAUCAACAAGCCUCUCCUUGGAAAUGGAAACAGCAGAGCUCAUAUCACAACUUCUAUCUGGUUCAAGCUCUCUUUGGUUGUAUCAGUCUUGUUAGCUUUGUGUUACACUGUCGGCUCCAUUCUAGCAUUCAGUCAAUGCACUCAGUUACCACAUUGGAAAGUGCUUGAUGGAGUCUUUUGGUUAGUUCAAGCAAUAACUUAUCUGGUGAUCGCAAUCUUGAUCAUUCACGAGAAGAGAUUUCAAGCUAUCACUCAUCCACUGUCUCUUCGAAUUUAUUGGGUUGCAAACUUCAUCAUCAUUAGUUUGUUUAUGUCAUCAGGGAUCAUUCGUUUGGUAGCUCUGGAUCACAACUUGAUAUUUGAUGAUAUAGUUUCUGUAAUAGCUUUCACAUUAUCGAUUGUUCUUUUUUCUGUUGCCAUUAGAGGAUCGACUGGGAUUACUGUAAUCAGGGAAUCUGAAUCAGUAAUGCAUGAUGACCCCAAAUUACAUGAACCUCUUCUGGGAAAAUCCAAUGUGACUGGCUUUGCUACGGCCACAAUAAUAUCCAAAUCUUUUUGGCUUUGGAUGAAUCCCCUACUGCGUAAGGGCUACAAAUCUCCACUCAAGUUAGAUGAUGUGCCGAUCCUUUCACCAGAGCAUAGAGCUGAAAAAAUGUCACAGCUCUUUGAAUCCAAUUGGCCUAAACCACAUGAGAAGUCCAACCACCCUGUUCGAAUCACGUUGCUGAGGUGCUUUUGGAAGGAAAUUGCCUUCACUGCGUUCCUUGCAAUCUUGCGGCUCUGUGUCAUGUAUGUUGGGCCUAUGCUCAUACAAAGUUUUGUCGAUUACACAUCUGGGAAAAGAACCUCUGCCUAUGAAGGAUAUUACCUUGUAUUGACUCUUCUUGUCGCAAAAUUUGUUGAGGUUUUGACUUUUCACCAAUUUAACUUCAAUUCUCAGAAACUUGGGAUGCUCAUUAGAUGUACUCUCAUCACUUCUUUAUACAAGAAAGGCCUUAGGUUAUCUUGCUCUGCUCGCCAAGCUCAUGGAGUUGGACAGAUUGUGAAUUACAUGGCUGUUGACGCCCAGCAACUCUCUGAUAUGAUGUUACAGUUGCACUCUAUAUGGUUAAUGCCAAUGCAACUUAUUGUUGGCUUGGUGCUCCUAUAUAACACUCUUGGUGCCCCAAUGAUCACGGCGUUUAUUGGAACUCUUGGCAUUGUUGUGUUCGCUGUGUUUGGAACCCAAAGAAAUAAUAGGUGUCAAAGAAAUGUGAUGGUAAAUCGUGAUUCAAGGAUGAAAGCAACAAAUGAGAUGCUGAAUUACAUGCGUGUAAUCAAGUUCCAAGCAUGGGAAGAACACUUCAACAGGAGAAUCCAAGAUUUUCGUGAAUCAGAAUUUGGAUGGAUUUCCAAGUUUUUGUACUCGAUCUCCGUCAACAUUAUUGUGAUGUGGAGCGCACCAUUGCUAGUAUCAACUCUAACAUUUGGUACUGCACUUCUGUUGGGAGUCCCACUUGAUCCAGGGACAGUGUUCACAACGACAUCUGUCUUUAAAAUCUUGCAGGAGCCUAUCAGGACAUUCCCUCAAUCUAUGAUAGCACUUUCACAAGCACUGGUAUCUCUCGCAAGAUUGGAUCGCUAUAUGCAAAGCAAGGAAUUGGUGGAAGAGUCAGUUGAAAGAGUCGAUGGUUGUGAUGGUAGAAUUGCUGUGGAGGUUAAGGAUGGGGUAUUUAGUUGGGACGAUGAAGCUGAAGAUGAGGUUUUGAAAAAUAUAAAUUUGGAGAUCAAAAAGGGGGAGGUUGCUGCUAUUGUUGGGACUGUGGGAUCUGGGAAAUCUUCUCUCCUUGCCUCAAUUCUCGGUGAGAUGCACAAACUAUCGGGAAAGGUCAGGGUUUGUGGAACAACAGCCUAUGUUGCUCAAACAUCAUGGAUUCAAAAUGGCACCAUUGAGGAGAAUAUAUUAUUUGGCUUGCCAAUGAAUGCGGAGAAAUACAAGGAAGUUAUCAGGGUUUGUUGCUUGGAGAAAGACUUGGAAAUGAUGGAGUUCGGAGAUCAGACUGAGAUUGGAGAGCGUGGCAUCAACCUCAGUGGUGGACAGAAGCAGCGGAUACAACUUGCAAGGGCUGUUUAUCAGGACUGUGAUAUCUAUCUUCUUGAUGAUGUUUUUAGUGCUGUUGAUGCGCAUACUGGGACUGAUAUAUUUAAGGAAUGUGUUAGGGGAGCACUUAAGGGAAAGACUAUCUUACUUGUGACCCACCAGGUUGACUUCUUGCACAAUGUUGAUCUUAUCUCGGUCAUGCGAGAUGGGCAGAUAGUACAAUCAGGGAAGUACAAAGAUCUAUUGGUGUCUGGGUUGGAUUUCGGAGCACUAGUUGCUGCUCAUGAAACCGCUAUGGAACUUGUAGAAGUCAGUACUGAAAUUCCUAGUGCAAACUCACCCAGACCACCAAAACCCCCUCAAGGCCCUUCCAAACUUGGGGAGGCCAAUGGCGAAAACAAGCUUAUAGAUCAACCAAAGUCAGAAAAGGGAACUUCGAAGCUCAUUGAAGAUGAGGAAAGAGCAACUGGGAACAUAGGCCUGCAUGUGUAUAAACAAUACUGCACCGAGGCUUUUGGAUGGUGGGGUGUAGUUGUUGCAUUGCUAUUGUCCCUACUAUGGCAAGCAUCUCAAAUGGCUGGAGAUUAUUGGUUGGCAUAUGAAACGGCAGAAGAGCGUGCUGCAACAUUCGAGCCUUCACUGUUUAUAUCUGUCUAUGGAGUUAUUGCAUCUGUAUCAGUGGUGAUUUUAAUAAUGAGAUCCCUUUUCGUCACACUUAUGGGGCUUAAGACAGCCCAGAAGUUGUUUGGCGGUAUUCUUCAUAGUAUCUUGCACGCACCCAUGUCCUUUUUUGACACCACGCCUUCAGGAAGAAUAUUAAGUCGAGCCUCAGCUGAUCAAACCAAUGUUGACAUCCUCCUUCCGUUUCUUUUAGCCCUUACCGUUGCAAUGUACAUCACAGUGCUCAGCAUCAUUAUAAUUGUAUGUCAAUAUACUUGGCCAACUGUGUUCAUAGUAAUUCCGCUUGGUUGGCUGAACUUCUGGUAUCGGGGAUACUUUCUUGCAACAUCUAGGGAAUUAACUCGACUUGACUCGAUCACAAAAGCUCCUGUCAUUCAUCACUUUUCAGAAAGCAUCUCUGGAGUUAUGACAAUCCGGUCUUUCAGAAAACAGGAUGGUUUCUGUCAGGAAAAUGUUAACCGAGUGAAUGCCAAUUUGCGCAUGGAUUUUCACAACAAUGGAUCAAAUGAGUGGUUGGGUUUCCGUUUGGAACUGAUUGGGAGCUUCAUACUGUGCGCUUCUGCUAUGUUCUUGAUCCUAUUACCUAGCAGUAUUGUAAGGCCAGAGAAUGUUGGUUUAUCUCUCUCCUACGGGUUAUCACUCAAUUCUGUGCUGUUCUGGGGCAUAUAUUGUAGUUGCUUUGUGGAAAAUAGAAUGGUCUCUGUUGAGAGGAUUAAGCAAUUCUCAAAUAUUCCAUCAGAGGCGGCAUGGAAGAUAAAGGAUAGGGUUCCUCCUCCAAACUGGCCUGCCAAUGGCAAUGUUGAUAUAAAAGACUUGCAGGUUAGAUAUCGUCCAAACACUCCUUUGGUUCUCAAGGGCAUCAAUCUCAGGAUUCAAGGGGAGAGAAGAUUGGUGUUGUCGGACGUACUGGGAGUGGAAAGACUCCAUGAUCUGAGGUCUCGUUUUGGCAUAAUUCCUCAAGAACCUGUCCUCUUUGAAGGAACCGUGAGAAGCAACGUGGAUCCUGUUGGACAGUAUAAAGAUGAGGAGAUAUGGAAGAGUCUUGAACGCUGUCAACUGAAAGAUGUUAUGUCUGCAAAACCAGAAAAACUUGAUUCUCCAGUGAUUGACAACGGAGACAACUGGAGCGUGGGGCAAAGGCAGCUUCUUUGUUUGGCAAGGGUUAUGCUAAAGCAUAGUCACCUGCUGUUUAUGGAUGAAGCAACUGCUUCAGUUGAUUCUCAAACUGAUGCUGUGAUUCAGAAGAUUAUUAGAGAGGAAUUUGCCGAUUGUACGAUUAUCAGCAUUGCUCACAGAAUACCCACAGUCAUGGACUGUGACAGGGUUUUAGUUAUCGAUGCAGGGUGGGCAAAAGAAUUUGAUAAACCCUCUCGGUUACUGGAGAGGCCAACACUGUUUGGGGCAUUGGUUCAGGAGUAUGCCAACCGCUCGGCUGGAUUAUAA